GCGCGCGCGCCUAUGUUUCCAGGAUAUUCUAAUUUUAGCCGAUGCCCGUGGAAUUUAUAGAACUCGAUACGUUACGACGUCGAUUAAAAAUAACGGAUCUUUGGAUUAGACGUCUUUUUUUUAAUCAUCCGAUAGGAAUUCAAAGCAGGCUUUCUUAUUUUCUCGAUCGAAUUUUAAGGUUCGAACGAAUUUAAUUCUCGUAAUUACAAACAAUUUAUCGAGAGGAACGUUUUUUUAAUUAUUUUCACUUUGCUCGAUUCCAAAAGUGAUGAGAUCUCUCCGAGUGGAAAAAUGACCGAGCUGGAUUGAGAAAAUUGCCGAAACGCGGCGCUCGUGCAACAAGUUAACGUAAGCCUCAGUUUACGAUCGUUCGGUAAGCUCGUAAGAGUUGGAAUUCUUUUUCUCAUCUCCGUGUCGAAGAGAAGAACGAAGACUCGAGGAAAGGGGCCGAUCUUGGUUCUUGAGUUUAACAACGAGGUGCUGACGGUGACGCUGUCCGCGAGCGCCAUGGUUCUCGGUCUGUCCAGUUACUCGUUGACGGAAUUCCAACAGCGCAGAGCGUUCCUGGAGACGAGGCAGAGUUUGGAGGUGCAAUUGGUGAUCGAGGAGCAGAGCACCGAGCAGGAGAGACUGUUGCUCAGCGUGCUGCCCGAACAUGUGGCCGUGAAGAUGAGGCAGGAUCUCGGCGCCUCGCUCGACACCCAGUUCAAGAAAAUUUACAUGUCCAGGCACGAGAACGUCUCGAUCCUGUACGCGGACAUCGUCGGUUUCACCGCCAUCUCGUCCACGUACAGCGCCAGCGAAUUGGUCAAGAUCCUGAACGAGUUGUUCGCCCGCUUCGACCAACUCAGCGAAAGGUUCGAGCAGCUUCGGAUAAAGAUCCUGGGCGAUUGUUACUACUGCAUCAGCGGGGCACCGAUAGAGAGGCCGGACCACGCUGUCCUCUGCGUUUACAUGGGCCUGUCGAUGGUUGAGGCCAUCAAGUACGUGCAGCAAACGACCAACAGCCCCGUGGACAUGAGGGUGGGAAUACACACGGGGGCUGUGCUGGCCGGCGUGCUUGGACAGAGGCAGUGGCAGUUCGACGUCUACAGCAAGGACGUGGAGCUGGCUAACAAGAUGGAGAGCAGCGGAAUGGCGGGGAGGGUGCACAUCUCGAACGCGACGCUGAGCUUCCUGAACGGGGAGUUCGAGGUCGAGCCAGCUCACGGCGAGGACAGAGAAGAGGCACUCCAGAAAGCGGGGAUCGUCACUUACUUCAUAGUGCGCGCGUUGAAACCCUUCAUACCGGCUGUGACCAAGAGUCUAGCCUCGCUCACGGACGCGGAGAACAGCAGGAGGGCGAUGGAGAACUUGGGGGACGGGAGGAACAACAAGGAGGACUCGGAGGAGUUUAGGCAGAGGCUGAGGAAGGAGCUCGACAGCAAAACUGGAGGGGUGAAUCUGAAGGGUCACGCGCACUGGUUGACCCUGCACUUCAAGGACCCGAAGGUGGAGUCGGCGUUCCACAACGCCGAGGAGGCGUUCUCCCCCCUGUCGUUGUUGGGGGGCCCGUUGGUGAUGGUGUGUUCCGCUCCUGUUUGGAGGUUUCAACCAUGGGGACCUUUCACGUGGGGCGGUAUAGGGGUCGUGGUGCUGUUCGCCGUUGUUUUGGCCGGUGCCACUUGCCUGGGCAGCUCCAUCAAGGCCAUGUGGCUGAGAAGGGCCCUUGCCUCGCUCAUGGUCUUCUCCCUCGGCCUCUUCCUUCUCCUCGAUAUGUUCAACUGCGUGGUGGUCGAGGAGACCAUUCCAUCUCUAAACUCGACCAACGUAACCCUGUCAACGAAGUGCCCCUACCCUUCCUACUACUCGUACAUCGGCGUGCUGACCCUGGUCGCGACCUCUAUGCCUACCUACAUAUGCUACCUGGGCAAAGCUUACCUCAUGUACGCGAUCGCCGGCUCCCAAUGCUUCAUCAACAUCUGGCUACUAGGCUCGAGGCUCGACUGGGAGGAUCACGCCUCCUCGCCCCUCGAACCAUCCGCCGUCCCCUCCAAGUUCUGCCUCUCCGUCACCCUGCUCACCGUCGCCACCUCUUUGGUCAUCGUCUCCAGAUACGCGGAGAAGUCGAGGAGGAUGUUGUACCUAAGGGGGAGGGAGGUGGUGGCGCAGAGGGAAAGGGCGGCGGACAUGAAACGGAGGAACGGCGCCCUCAUAUACAACAUCCUCCCUCCCCACGUGGCCGCCUAUUUCCUCUCGAGGGCGAGGCACCACGACGAUCUGUACAGCCAGAGCUACGCCGAGGUCGGCGUACUGUUCGCCAGCAUGCCCAACUUUGCCGAUUUCUACAGCGAGGAGAGCAUCAACAACCAGGGCCUCGAGUGUCUCAGAUUCCUGAACGAGGUCAUAUCCGAUUUCGACGCGAUCCUCGAUCAGAACAAGUUCAAGGACAUCAUCAAGAUAAAGACGAUAGGCUCGACGUACAUGGCAGCGUCCGGGAUAACCGAGUCGGCCGAGUCCGAGGACGGGCCCCGAUGGGGCCACCUGUCCACCCUCGUCGAAUUCGCCCUCGAGCUGAAGAAGGCGUUGUCGAGCAUCAACGAGCAGAGUUUCAACCACUUCGUGCUCAAGAUGGGCAUCAACCACGGCCCGGUCACGGCGGGGGUGAUCGGGGCGAGGAAGCCGCACUACGACAUAUGGGGAAACACCGUGAACGUGGCGUCCAGGAUGGAGAGCACCGGCAAGGUGGGCUGCAUCCAGGUGACGGACGAGACCCGGAAGAUCCUCGAGCCGUUCGGCUUCGGCUUCGAGCAACGGGGCCUGGUGUUCGUCAAGGGCAAGGGCCAGCUGCUCACCCACUACCUCGUGUCCAAGGACGGCGUCUCGUUGAACCUGGACAGCGACCUGCCCGUCGAACCCACCCAUCCGAUCAUCUAUCAGUAGGCUACGACACUCGAAGGCUCUAAGAAAAAAGAGAGAAAAGAAACGAAGGAGAUCCUUCGAGAGAGAUUUUUCUCUCACUCGAAUAAAUAUUGUCCUCGAUGCGUUCGAGGUGGAUCGAGAGAUCUCUGUUUCGAAGAAGGGUGAACGAUCCUACCGUUUCACAUUUUAUCGAAAGAAUUUUAUUGGAGAAUCUUUGAGGAGGAGAGAUAAUUAUUUAACGAUCGUUCGAAGGCGUGUAUCAGAAGGGAAAGUAAGCCACCGGAGAAAAAUUCUUACCGUCUACUGCUGAUCAUCGUAUCGAAGAACAGGGUACAAAAGAAACAAUUAGGAUUAUUAGAAACAGGGGACUGUUGAUAAAAAUACGAAACGAAACUGGCGACGUUUUAUAAAGAAACGUCGUGGAUCCGGUCUAAAAGAUCCCACUUUCACUUUGGAAUCUGUCAAUGAGAAGAGAAAAACGAAGCAAAUUGAACCAAAAGGAUGAAAAAGAAGAAAGGAGAAAAAAGAAUCUUGCAUAUCUAGGAUAAUUUAAUUAGAAAAUUCGAAGAAUUCGAUCCUGGUAGAAUCGAGUAACAUAAAGAAAGUGUAUAAGUGUAUAGCUCGUUACAAAUUGUGUUAGGAAUCUCGACUCUAUUUUUCUAGAUCCCGCGACGGGGGUUGAGAGUGGUCAAUCAGGGGUAGGUCUUUUUCCUGACGUGGCUCGAGAUAUCCCUUCAAGCUAGCGCGUUCUCUCCAACUGUAAUUGUACAUUGCGCCGACUUGUGUGUGUGCUUUCUUACGAUCUUCAGAUCGUCCAUGUUCAAGCGAGAUUCAACACGCUUCCGCUAACAAAUUUUUGACGACUCUACACUCGUAAUCGUGAUUUUUUAAAAUUUUUAUUUGCACGAGAAAUGUAUUUUUUUUUUUAUGGUCCAACGAAUCAAAAAAUUCGUUUCCAUUUUUUUUCGAGCGAUCCAAAUUUGCGGGAGCGUAUGCGUGCGUGCGUAGAGUAGAGUACGCGUAUAAUAUCUCGAGAAAGAAUAUUUCGAGGAGGGGGAUGAUAAUUUUUUUGGUCCUUUUUCUCGAGCAAUUUCACAGUCUAAUCUAAUUGUCCAAUGAUUUUCUCCGCAUCGAUCGAUAUGAUUAAAUUAAUUCGAAUUCGCGUGUGUAAUUGUUGCGAUGUGUAAAUCGAUCGAAUCUCGAUUGUACGAGAUACUACUAAGAUGUAGAUACUAAUACUCUCGAAAAAAAGAAAUACAUUCCAAAUAUCGAAAAUUGAAAGUAAAGGAAUUGUUAUGUAUCGUAAAAAAAAAAAAAAUCUCGUAGAAGCUCUGAAGAAAAAAAAAAACUUUGUCGAUUAAUAGAGCUCUGUUCUCGUAGAAUUUUUCAAGAGGAUGUAACAAGAAUAUAUAUAUAAAAAGUGAAAUGAAAUUCAGAAAAGAUAACUAAAAAAAAAAGAAAGUAAAAGAGGAGAAUGAAAAGAGAAAAUUUCAGAAAUGCGAACGUGUAUAAUGAUGUCUCGUUAACUGUCGCAAGUAUCGAGAUAAUUCAAUGUUCCUGAAAUUAUCCAUUGUUGUCGUACACGAUUGUUUGUGUAGAAAAUUUCGUUCCUUUAUUUUCGCGAUGGUUAACGUGAGAUCCGAAGAAACGACAAGAAUAAUAAAAUCCUAUCUAACUCUGAAUGUUUAAAAAAAAAAGAAAACUGUCGUUUUAAAUUAAGAUUAUUCAUCGAAUCGAGAAGAAGAGUGCUCGCGUGUUGAAACGAGAGAGAGAGAGAGAGAAGGAACAACAGGUUAGAAAUUCAUGCAACGUGCAGAAUGUUCUCGUCGUGUUUGAAAUACUUGUAUACAGCGAGUCAGUCACCGAAAAGUCUUCUUUGACAACAACAACAAGUCUCUAUACAGUUUCGAUAUAUAUUUUUCCGCAAGCAGAGCCGAUUCGAUUUGUUGAGAGGAAGAAGUUUCUUAAGAGCUUAGAUCCGAUUUUAAUUGUGAAGGAUUUCACCAAGCUCACUUCGCGCGUCGAAAUUAACAUUGAUUUGACGAGAUGGAAACAAGAAACGAAUAUUCUUUUCUUUUAUUCAAUAUUUCUGUGUUCGUAUUCCGUGUUUUUUUUUACGUUCAUACGAGAUUUAUAUAAGAGAGAGAGAAUCAGAAAUUUAAAAAUCGAUCUUAUUUGGCGAAUUGGGCUUCGUGAAACGUCCUGUACGCCGUCGUCCAUAGGACGGAUCCCACGGGAGCGUAGUAGUACUAUAGAACCUCGAACAUGAUAAUAACAAUUUAUUUUUCUACAGUUUCAGUCGCCGAGAUUAAAUAAAUAAAUAUAUCGUAACCGAACGUGACUCGAGUACGCGAAAAAGAAAAAAAAUGAAAAAAAGAAAAAAAAAAAGAAAAAGACGCACACGCGAGGAGACACAAACACUUGGAUUGUGCUGGGAUUUAAUCCUUUCGUCGGUUGUUAAAUUAUCAACAAGAUAACCGUAAUUAUCGUAUUAUAAUUCGUGAAAACAGGUUUUUAAACUGGAUAGUUUAGAGAGGAAGCAGAAAAAAGAAAAAAAGAGAAAAAUACGAUGUUACGUUCGUGUGAUACAAGCGAAAAAAAUAAAAAAAUAAAAAAAAAGAAAAAAGAAAAAAAAAAGUAAUUCGUACUGUGAUUUUCGAAAUCGACGUUAUAUCACCACACCGAUCUAAAUUUUAAAUCCGAUAUUAAUAUUUUCAAUUGCUUUUUUAUAUAACGGUCUUUUUCUAACGACACGCACGUUUACGAAAGGAUUAAAGAGAGACGCGAAUCAACGAAGGAUGAGAGAGAGAGAAAAAGAAAACGAGAAAGAAACGGCCUAAGCGCGACAACAGUGGUCAGACCUAUAGCGAUAAGGGAGAAAUAGAAAUAAAAGGAGUGGAGGACAAUCGAAGCAAAAUAUACCCUUCCGAAGGAGAAUCUUUUUUAAAAAUCCGUAAUUUGUAUUUUAGAAUCGACAACAUUCAUUCAACACACACACACACACACACCCUCGUUACUUUCUUGAACUUUCGUUUUUUUCUCAAUCUAACGAGAACCGCUACUAACGGUGAAACACGAUGAGCGAAAAAUUAUAACGCGUGUAAUAUAAAAUCGAUAAAUGUAAAUUCUUCUAUUCCGUGUUCUAAGAAGGGAGAGGAAAAUUUUCUUUCCUUUCGGUUCAUCAAGUGUUUGCUCGCUUUGGAGACGAAGAAACCGAGAAACGAAGAAAAAGAAAAAAAGAAGAAAGGAAGAAAGCUGGUUGAAUCUUUCUCCACUGUUCGCGUACUUCCUGAAUCGAUAUAUUGCGCGGUCCGCCCCAUACACAUCUAUACGCAUGUGUACACACGCAUAAUGGAUGAAUUAUUCGCAAGGGGAAACGACAUAUAUACAUAUACACGUAAGCAAACGCACGACGUCCGACGAGGAACGGAGAAAAUAUUGUAAAGUAGCAAUAAAGGAUGAAGGAUCUCUUGUAAAUAAACAAAGGAGGGCGAGAAAUGGAAACACAGAAAUGGAUAUCGAAUAUCGUCCACGGUGGAGAGAAGAAAUUUCGGCGAAACGCGUGUAUAGAAAUCGAAGGAAUUAUAUCACUGUAGAUAUAUUAGCACCUUAUAGAUGUGGGAAGAGGGAACACUCGUUGUAAACUGUCAAAAGUUAUAAACUUCUUCAGACUAGGGAGGGGGGGAAAUGGAAUCACGCGACUGUAAAAUAAUAAACGGCUUCUUCUUGGCCGAUGUCGAAUCGG